AUGAAUAAACAACACUUGAAGAGAUACGAGAACCAUCUAUCUGUGGGAAGCUGGAAAUUCAUUGAAGAGUUCAACGUUAGCAAUUCAAUUGGACAAUACAGGACUACAAAACAUUGUUACCGGAUUAGUUUUGUCAAAUACACAAUUGUCUCUAAUUUUGCUGAUCAAAUUGUCGAAGCCACUUCCAAUAAUGAGACUGAAAAACUAAUUUGUCUCAUUAGAUUUGGAAAAAUUAAAGAGUUCAGAGAAUUGCUCAACGGAUCAUUCGACGAGGGUAUGUUGACUCUUACCAACACAGAGUCAAUUGUCGAUGAUGAAAUUCCAAACCAAGUUACCCCUACUUCGAAGAGAAAAGUUGAGCCUAUAAUUGAAGUUCUGGAAGACCAACAUUCAACAAUUAAGAAGCAAUGCAAACUUCAGAUGCAUCUUUUCGAUAUUAUCGAAAACCCUAAUCGUUGA